AUGCAAUUGGAGCAAGAUAAAACUUCAAAAAUAUCAUAUUUGUCGCCAGAUAUACAGAAUGAAUUCAUUAAUGUUUUAUCAAACCAUGUGAAAACUAAGCUUGUCAACGAAAUUAAAUCGGCGAAAUAUUUUGGUAUUAUGUUUGAUAGCACACCUGACAUUUCACAUAUUGACCAAAUGUCUGAAGUGAUACGUUAUGUAAAAAUUGAAAAUAGAAAAGUGGACGUCAAAGAAGUAUUCCUUGGAUUUUUUCCUUUGAAAGGAAAAAAAGCCUCUGAUCUAAGCGAAGAAAUUCUUGAGAAGCUUAAGACAGACGAUUUAGAUAUUAUGAUGUGUCGUUCUCAAGGUUAUGACAAUGCUGCUGUUAUGAGCGGUGUGCACGGAGGAGUACAGUCCAUUAUUAAAACAAAAAACAAUAAAGCUAUUUUUAUUGGUUGUAUUGAUCAUUCGAUUAAUUUGUGUGGUCAACAUUCAUUUGCCCAAAAUGUAUCUUGCGUUACAUUUUUUGGAACGGUAGAGACGAUUUUUUCUUUUUUUUCCGCCUCCACUAGCCGUUGGGAAGUGCUUAUGAAACACAGCAAAUUAUCUGGUAAAAGACUCGCAACAACGCGUUGGAGUGCUCAUUACCGUGCAGUAAAAGCACUAGCAGAGAAUUUUGAAGGACUUGUAGACGCAAUUGAGGAGUUGUGUGAUGGACAAGAAAAUAUAGACACCAGAGGUGCUGCACAAAACCUCAUGCCUGCUGUGUGCAAUUACACUUUUUUAUGCUAUCUAUUUUUCUGGUAUGAUGUUCUUCGGGAAAUAAAUGCUGCACAGAUUGCAUUGCAAAGUAAAGGCUUGAUUGUUGACGAAACUGCUACAAAAAUAGAGGCACUUCGUCUUUAUAUCGAAGAAAAACGGGGUCACAUUGUGGAAGAGGCAAUAGAUAUUGCUACAAAAAAAUCAGAAGACUACGAUAUUUCAACAGAAAGACGAUUCCGUCGUAAAAAACGGGUUGUUGGUGAGAUAGCCAGCGAUGCAGGACUCACACUGAAAGAAGAACUUCAAAAAGAUAUGUUGGAAUGUCUUGACCGAUUCAGA